AUGAACACCCCAUCGCUCUGUGCAUGCAGCACACCAACAUCCACCACAUUACGGGACCAAUGGAAUAUUCUAGGUUCAGCGGCGCGCGCCCUAAGAAACAGUGCUGAACUGCUCAAUCGUACAUUACUGGGAUUAAGAACAGAUAUCAAUAAUGAGUUGCAAGUUAUGAAUACUAGAAAGAAUGAAAGAAGACAAGCUUUACUCUUACGGCUUCAUCACUGUGUAUCUGCGGAGCAAUGGAAAGCUACCGCUAAAGAGCUAGAUAUCUUGGAAGACAAUGAGGCCUGGAAAGCCGAUAAUAUGUCGGAUGAAUUCGACGCGCCACUUAUCGAGACGAGACUUAGGCAGCUUGAUGAGGCACGAGAGGCCCGCGACGUCAAGCAGAUGCUCAGUCUAGUGCGUACCGCACUAUCUAGAGACCUAGGGGGGAUGGGGAAUGUUUGUCUAUACACAAGAUCUUACAUAGGGACCAAGUAUCUGAUUGAACGUUACAUUGAUUCGACACUUGCAACUAUUCGACUUUUGGUUGAAAUUUCUAGAUCCCAGCUGCCCGAAGACAUAGAGAUAAGUAAUGUUCUCCAACAGGUCUUGAAUACUAGACAGGCUUUUGGUCGUAGUGCUCUCCUGUUAAGUGGCGGUGGGACUUUUGGAAUGAACCAUAUCGGGGUACUCAAGGCUUUAUUCAACGCCAACUGUCUUCCACGAAUUAUUUCUGGCUCAUCUGCUGGCAGCAUAGUCUGCUCUGUUUUAUGUUCGCGAACCGAUGCAGAAAUACCUAGCUCAAUCGCUAGCUUCGCUCAUGGCGACUUGGCUGUGUUCGAAGAUGACGAUAGGCCGGAUGGAGUCCUAGGACAUAUUGAGCGACUAUUGACGCAAGGGGCUUGGAUUGACAACAAACAUCUCAUUCGGGUUAUGCAAGAUUUACUUGGCGAUAUGACUUUUCAGGAGGCGUAUAAUCGCACACGAAGAAUUUUGAACAUCUGUGUAUCUUCUGCUUCAGUCUAUGAGCUCCCGAGACUUUUAAACUACAUUACGUCACCUAAUGUAAUGAUUUGGUCGGCGGUAGCAGCAUCAUGUUCUGUACCAAUGGUAUUUGCUGCCGCCUCUCUUUUAAUAAAAAAUCCUCUCACUGGCGAGAAUCUGCCAUGGAACCCGACUCCUCAACAAUGGAUUGACGGUAGCGUAGAUGGCGAUCUUCCCAUGACACGCCUUGCGGAAAUGUUCAAUGUCAAUCACUUCAUUGUAUCCCAGGUUAAUCCCCACGUAGUACCAUUUUUAGUAAAUGAAGAGCGAUCCAAGAUUAAGUAUGUCCAAAGAGCCUCCUCCCCUGGAUGGAUGAGCACGCUUACAAAACUUGCCAAAGAUGAAGCUCUUCACCGGCUACACAUGCUCGCUGAGUUUGGUAUAUGUCCAAACGUUGCGACAAAACUCAAUUCGGUUUUAAGUCAGAAGUACUCCGGUGAUAUCACGAUCUUACCUCAGGUUGAACUAAAAGAUUUUCCGCUCAUUCUGACCAAUCCUACGCCUGAAUUUAUGGAAAAAGCUAUGUUGUGUGGCGAACGGGCUACCUGGCCAAAGCUAAGUCGGAUUCGAAACUCUUGCGCCGUUGAAUUGGAGCUAGAUUCGGCCGUUCGGGCGCUUCGAGCCCGUGUGGUCUUUGGUGCUAGCCAGCCAGAUCUUCGAGACGUCUUUACGGCUAAAUAUCAACGCCUAUCAAGUGUAACAAGACCUAAGAGGGGCUACAGUAUUAAUCAUGUUGACUUGAAACAAUCUAUUGUCAGUGAUGAAGAGGAUCAUCUUUACAUGGAUGAAAAAAAAAGUCCUAGACAGGCCCUAGUGCUUCGUGUCCCACCUAGGAUAUCCUGCAAAAAUUCGUCCGCCAGCGUUAAUCAGCUAAAAUACAUGGCUCCUUAUACCUCUAUUGAUUCCUAUAAUGAUUCUUCCUUUUCUGAUACGAUUUCUAUUUCGCGUCGUUUUCAUGAGGGCGGAAUUGAGUCAUCAGCUGAUAGCAACACUAAACGUGAAAGCCACUCGACACCAUUACCGAGUCCUCCAGCAUUUGAUUACUUCUCUAGUAGCCAUCUAGUUACUACUGGAUCUGAUCAUAUACUCGCUACCUCACCCCUCAUGAAAACCCGAUUUUUCAGUAAAAUGAGUUCAGUACCCCCCGAGGCUAGAAGCGAGAUGACUGAUCUCUUUUGUCCCUUCUCGCAUGUGUCAGAACACAAAACAUCGAUAAAACUAGGCUCAGCAACAAAAUUAUUUGGCUGUUCAGUAUCUCCGCAUAAUACAACCGUGGACCUGAGAAAAGCAGCAUCAGAUAUUAUGGCCUAUAAAACUGAUAUGAGAAAGGACACGGGUGCUCCUAUGCUAUCUAGAAAGAGCUCACAGAGGCGGUAUAAAAAAUUCAAUGAUUCACAGGUACUACAAGAAUUAUCAGAAGUGCUGCCAGCAUAA